UUCGCAGAACUUGUUAAAGGUUCAGUGUGUAAGAUUUAGUGGCAUCUAGCAGUAAAAACGGAAUCUUCUCCCAUGUGGCAAACGUGCAGGAGAGGUGGGUGGCAGUUGUCGCGAGGUUAGUGUCGACAGCGGAUCUGGUUGACAAGUGGUUAUUUUAGAUUUCCUGUACACCCAGGGAUGGGUUUUGCUAUGGGCAAUGUGGGCGACCGCCCAGGGCGCAAUCUGUGUGAGGGCGCACGAGCGCCCUCCAAAAAAAAACAAAAACAAAACUCACCAGUUUUCUAGACUACCGCUCAUUUCCACGUCAAGUUAGUGGAGUGGGCGCUGGGGUGCCCCUAAUAUCACGUUUCAACCAGCAGCAGAAAGGAAAGACGAAUCCUGGAGGUUGUGGGUUGAACGGGGGUCACAGACAGGAAUACGGCGGAGGUUCAUAGUGCUCUGCGGCGCAAGAUAACGGCUUACCGGCGACAGAGAAGUCCGACUCCAGGUCCAGUAAUUUCCUCUUUCGUUGGCAUCAUGACUGCCCAGUAGUACCUGGACAACCAAGCCGUGGCGGUACACAGAUUGUGUCUCUGACUUCAGCUUCAGAGCAAAUAUGUCUAUCAUUACUGUUGUGGCACUCCUGGUUCUCCUGACAAUCCCUGAGGGUAAAAGUCUGGAUCAUCCACUGGUCCAGAGAUGUCGAUGCCUCAGCAAGGAGAGAAAGCCCAUUGGUCGUUACAUAGGACAGGUGGAGGUGAACCCUCCCAGCUCCCACUGCAAGGACACUGAGAUUAUUGCCACUCUUAAAAAGGAUGGGCAAAAGAUUUGUCUGGACCCUGAUGCUCCUUGGGUCAAAAAAGUGCUUAAAAAGACACAGACUAGGCAGACAUCUUGAAGAACAAACCCUUUACAGAUUUGGCUAAGAGGGAGAGAAGAACCUUUUGGACACAUCUUCAUCACCACUGAAGCUCAAGGUGGAAGCAUGGAUUGCACUGACGGAGCACAGGGAGAAAAUGUUUCUUAAUAGGAAAGCUUCAUGUGGCAGCUGCAAGGUUGACCAUCUACCCAACUUUUCCAUUUCCUGUCAGCAACAAAUAAAGGUGUGGUGACACAAAUCUAGGUUUUGAGCAAUGUGUUAAACAUUGUAUGUCUACUCACUUUAGAUGAGAUUUUUGUAAGCAAUUAAAAGAAUUGUAUUUCAAAUUGAAUAUUAAAUGUAAUUUUUUUUUUUUUUAAACUGUAGGGUAAAUGCACAAUAUAAAUAGUAUAUUGGUUUAUUGAGCAGACUGCAGGACAGAAUGAAAUUCAAGUGUGGUGUCAGUGUAUGAUGUGUUUUAUGUAUCAGCUUUGUUUGCAAGUUUUCUAUUCGCAGAUUAUAGAUUAUAUACAGUAGUUAUUUCUAAUCAUCAAAAUCAAAUGUAUGCAUGUCUUCAAAAAACAUGCAUAUACAUUUUCAGAUUAAGACAAUUUUUUUGAAUACAUUGUGACAUUAAUUACAAACCAAUAAUCUGUUAAUGUCUCUCUCAGUCAUUAUAUUGGUUACACUUUAUAUUAAGGUACACACAUGCACCAUUAACUAGUUUCUUAUGAGCAUGCAUAUCAGUAGCAUAUUGGCCUUUAUUAGUCAUUAUCAAGCACUUAUUAAUGCCUUAUUCUGCAUUACCAUAUCUGACAACUACUCGGCCAGAGUUUCUAGUAAGAGUUUUUCCUCAAUAACCUCCUUAUUACUGCUAUUUGAGAGGAAGUAAGAAAGUUGUUAUACAUGAAUUACAAUCUCAAUGUGCUUUACUCAGUAUGGGCCAGUCAUUCUCCGUUAAUGAGAUUUAAUAAAUAUGAUAUAUUCUAAUGUACAAAACAAAAAACUAUAGGUGUUAAAACUGUCCAAAUAAGUCUUUCUUACUCAGAAUGUGUUGCCCAUCCUUAAGUGAGGUCUCGCUCACAACUAAUUCACUAGCAGUCUGACACUUAUGAACCCACAUGUUCCCUAUUCUGAAGUUGCUUCCUCUUCAAUUUUAGUAAAUCUUUGAUAGCACAAUACUAGUGCAAUUACAUGAUAGGGUAUAACAUUGUUUAACAGAUAUGUUUGGAAAAAAAAUGUGUGCUGCGUUUGUUCCUCUACCACUGAAUGAGAAUAAAGAAGAAUAAACCAUAAAGUAACCCUUUCCUUGAAGGUCAUGUCUGUAAUGCAAGCAUGUUCAGAAGACAUUAUAAUGCAUUCAUAAGGCUUCAUACAACUCUUUAUAAAUGUUUGUAAAUAUAGUGGUGGACUAUAAUAAAUUCAGCAUCCAUCAUGCUUCAUACCUCCAUACCAAAGUGGCAACAGUGUUUGAAAGUAGAAUCUGAGUCCUGUGUUAAAGCACAUUAUAACUACCAUCACUUCAGCCACUUACAAAGAUACAUGGAGAACUGCUCUAAUGUAUCAGAACAGAUUACACAUUCUAAGUUUCUGAAACUGAAUAAUGUCUUAUAAACAAUAAUACACUGUGGUAGGGCUUUGUGAGCUUUAAGUGAAGUGACUGUAUAUAGCAAUUGUAUGAUACUAUUAUACAAUUAUGAGGAUUUAUGAGCUGUAUCUGCUGGCUGCAAGUAAAAACACAGCAAUUAUCAAAGCCAUCUUUAUUUUCCAGUUUUGGAAUACUGGCUGGUCAGUCAAUUUGCUUCUCACAUCAAACAUGUUAUAAAAAAAACAAAAAAGCAAAACAAACAAACAAAAAACAAAACAACAUACAAAUAAGGCACAUGCAAAUGUGUCAUCUUUUAGUGGAAAAAUGUUUAAUUUUAAUUUUCUCUGUUGACUUUACGCUUCUUUGGGUUUUUGGGGAUUAUUAAGCAUUUAUAAAGAGCCUUAUAAAUGCAUUAUAAUGUCUUAUGAAUUUGCUUAUAAUGCAUGAUAUGGUAAAUGGAUGUGCAUUUGUAUGAUCCCCUUCUAGUCUUUCGACCACUCAAAGCACCUUUACACUACUUAUCACAUUCACCCAUUCACACAUAUUUACAUACUGGUGCCUGUGGCUACCACACAAGGUGUCACCUGCUGCAUACACACUCAGCAAAUUGGGUCUCAAUAUCUUGCCCAAGGAUACUUCAGCAUGCAUACUGGAAGAGCUGGGGAUUGAACUGUCGAUUUUCUGAUAAGUGGACAACCCGGUCUACCUCCUUAGCCACAGCUAUGACCUUAAUAGAAAGCAUUAACGACCAUAUUUAUUGAAUGUUAUUAAGGGAAAAGGUGACACUACCACCUUAUAAGGCCCAUACUGAGCAAAGCAUAUGGAGACUUUACUUGUAAAUGUACAGCAACUUCCUUACUUCCCAUCAAUAAGCAGUAAUUGGGAGGUUAUUGGGGGGAAAGUCUUAAUUAAUGGUCUAGUUGUAGAAAGUGGUAGGGCAAAAUAAGACAUUAUUAAGUGCUUCAUAUGACUGAUAAAGAACCGAUAUGCUAUGAACAUGCACUAGUUAAUAAUGAGCAUGUGUACCUUAAUAUAAAGUGUUACCAUUUCAUGUUUUAAGUCAUGAUUCAAAUCCAAGAUUUUGUCAAAACAGUUGAUUUUUCUCAGGUUUUGUAGAACAUCUAGCAAUAAAAAGAAAUGAUGUUGAAAAACAUAAAAUAAUGUAGACUUUUUUUAUACAGUAUUUUAAAUGUUGCCCAGUGUCACAUUUUUCUAUCUUUGAAUUUAUUACGCCACACAUCCAAAUAUCCAACUAGGCUCUUUGUG